UGGCAAAGUUGACUCACAAAGUGUAAGAGGACACCAGUGAGGGGCAGGGAAAGUAAAGCUGUGUCUACAAAUACUUGGGAGCUGAACACUGACACGAAAAGACAAGCUUUACCGCGAUCAUGAAGUUGUCUUUGAGGACUAUUUUCCUUCUUUUGCUCGUUUCUGGAACGUUAGCGCAAGAUGGUUUUAACUUGUUCGAUGCCCUUGAUGACCCAGAUCCAACACCUCAAAAACCCGAGGAGAAGCCAAAGGCCCCGGAGAAGCCAAAAAAUGAUGGUGGAUUUGACCUUCUAGAUGCAUUUGGACCAGAUGAGACACCGACUGAGAAACCAAAGAAACCAAGUUCUGGAGAUUCUGGUGGCUUCGGAUUGGAUCUGGAGGAUGCUUUGGGUCCAGACCUCGACCCCAAACCUGACAAACCUAAUGUCAACCUACCAGACAAGAACGGAGGAGGUGGUGGAAAUUUUGGUGACUCUGACUUGUUCGAUAUUGGUGGUGGGGACUACAAGCCUGAUGGGGGCCACUCAGGAGGAAAAGGUCAGGCAGGGGAUUCAGGCUAUGAUCAGGGUGGCAAUGAACAACCUCAAGAAGCUGGAUCUGGACAGAUCGCAGGAAUCGUCAGUGCUAUAGGAGUGGCUCUGGCAGGAGCUGCGGGCAGUUACAUUGCUUACCAGAAGAAAAAGCUCUGCUUCAAACUUCAGGGAGGUACAGAUCCAGAGAGUGGUAAACAUGCACAAGGCAGUCACUCUGAUCCACAAGUUCUCAGCAACCUGCUCAGGACCAACUAGUCCAUUUUUAAUGCACAAGACAAGAGGAGGAGGAGGAGAAGAAAGAAGAAGAAACAGUCUCUGUGUCUUUCUACUCACUUAUUUUUUUAAAAACAAUACCAAAAACACAACUGUACUCUGAAAAUACUUGUAGUUUCCUGUCAUUUGUUUUCCGUUUAAUUUUAACAAACUGGUUGCGUGAUGAUUUUUACAUACAGUAGUUAUGCACAGAGCCGUCUUUGUGUCUGUGUGCUUCAGCAGUGUGUGAGUACUGGUCAUGUGAAUAUAGUGUUAUGUUUUUUUUUCUUUGUUUGUCACACUUGACUCUAUGUUAUAGAGAAUGCGUGUGUUGUUAAAUACAGUUGCUCUAUGGGUGGGGUUUGGCAGAUAGAGAGUGUCUGUUACAGAUUUUUUUUUUCUGUGGUCAUUUGGGUGUAGCAGACCCCACUCAGUUGGCAUAAGAAGGAUCAAACAAACAUUUGUCAUUUUCAUUUGUUUUGGCAAGAAUGUAUGUAGAAUAUUUCCUUUUUCCUUUUUUUUUUGGCUUAAGCUGUUGUUAAAGCAAACUUAAAAUAUUUUCAAAUUAAAAGCCUACCAGAAACAGGACAUACUGCUGAAAGGCUUUUUAUAUGCAAUCUAUUUCUCAGGAAGAGCCUGUUUUCAUUGACAGUAAACAGUUGAACAGUUUAGGCUCUUGUAAUAAAGUUAGUUUUGAACAGAAAGAUGGUGAUAGCCAAUUAAUUAGCUCCUGAAUAUAGCUAUAUUUAUGUUAUCAUUAACUCUAAAAAAAAUCCACAACACUCUCUAUCAAGGAUGUACCUCUCCACAUGUUAGCCCCUCCUCUUUUCUGGGCACAGAAAAACAACCAAAUGAUUGAUUAAACCAUAUCACUAAAAAUCUCGGUUUUAGAGAUAAAACUGAGUGUUUUUUUGUUGACUCUGCUGUGUUUGCCCCUGUGCCUCGCACUGAAAACAUGGCUGCCAGCAGGUACACGGGGGACAGGCACAAUUCCAGCCAUGUGAUAAUAGCCUCACCUAAUAAAAUAUACACCUGCAGAAGUCUUUGAUAUUUUAAGAAUAUGAGACAGCAUUUUUUAACUUGAAAAUUACAUUUCUGUUGCCUUGUAAACAACUCGCUCCUUCCACACCAAAGUCUAUUCAGAAACGCAAUUUUACAUCAUGGCACACAGGAGUUGAUGAGCAACCACUGCCGCCAUCAUUAAAUUCAAAUGUGCUAUUUGCUGAAUGUCAUGUUUGAAAUCCUUUGUUUGGAUUUACUUGAGUGACACAAAGUUACCAAAAAAAGUAGCAGUGGACCAGCAGCUCUUGUGUCCCUACAAAUUAAUAACGCUGAUUUUCUCUAUGGACUUUGGUGCAGGGGUGUACAAACUUCAGUUUCCACUCAGAAUAUGCCAUCUACUCUAAAUUUAUUUUAUGCAAACAUAAUCUUAAGACGUCAUAGACUCUUACAGACUCAUACAAGCACAUUUUAAAAAAACGGACUUGCAGAGUGUUCAGCUCUCAGGGCUAGUGGAUGUUAAAGAAUGAUAAUGUAUUGUGAGCUGUAAAUAUUUUAGAGCCAUGUGUAUAGAUGCCUCCUGAGUUUUGCUUUCGGUGUGAUGCUGCUUGGCGCUUUGAGCAUUUUACUGUCCACAUUCAUGUUCUCAGUUUGAAGUGUGUUGUGGUAAUUUCUCGUGUCGUGACUUUUGAGUUUAACAAGCAGAAUCUUUAUCCAGGUGUGUCGCACCUGAUGAUCAGGUGAAUGUUACUUUUUUUGAUUGGAUUUAAAGCGUGUGUGUGUACGUGUUUUCAAUAAAAACCUUGUACAGUU